GAUUUUCAAAUAAUUUUUGGACUUGAUUGUUUUUGUGAUUACUCGAGUUUGUUAUGGCUGUUUGAAUUAAUAUAUUGAACGUGCUCUCUCAUUUAAAUGAUUUAGAAAUCUGCCAACAGGUGAUUACAGAGGAGUCAAUAAAUCAAUAUUUGAAAUCACUUAUUAAUAAGACUUAAUUUUAAGGUACUACGCACUUAGAUUUCCUUUAGCAAUUAUUUAAAAAUGAUUCGAUAUUGUUAUACUUUUUUUGAUGUGCUUCUUUACGCGCGGGAUUUACUCUUUUCUAAUUUGCGCUGUGACGCCAGAAAGACGUUUAUUGAUCAAUAUAGACAGGUUCGGUGGCAGAGAAACAAUAUUAAACCGUCACACAUCACAUCCAACUGACGUUAAAGGCUCCCCAAGCCGUCUCCAAACGCGCUAAGACGCGCAAAUCAAUCCUAUUGGCCGGAAAUAUGAAUCAUCUAGUGGGGAAUGACGAACGAGAUCACGAUUCCGAGGGGUAUAUAUAUAAACUCCAGAUGUGCAGAUCAUCAAUCUGAAAGCUACGAAGCAUCAUAGACCACAGCACACGCGUUUAGGUUCAGUGCGCAAUGGAGAGGUCCGUCAGAUCCGUGCUGGUGUUCGUGGUUGUUUCCAUCCUCAUCUCCAGCCAUCCCACAGACGCCUGGUACAAGCAGUCCACCGGGCCGAGCUAUUAUUCCGUCGGGAGAGCCUCGGGUCUGCUGUCCGGGAUCCGGAGGUCGCCCUAUGUGCGCAGAUCUGAGACAGAAUCAGCGCUGGACAGCAGCGAGACCCCCGGCGUCUCCAACAGCGUGAUGCCCGACUUCAGCAGCAGACAAACUCCAGUUCUUAAAAACAUGGCCAUCUGCGUAAAGGACAUCUCCCCAAACCUUCAGAGCUGCGAGCUGGUUCAGGACGGUUCAAGCACGUUUCGGUGCAAAGCAGAAGUGUUUCUGUCGCUCGACUCUCUGGACUGCUUCACCUCCUGAGCGGAACCGGUCCACCCCCUCCUCCUCCCCGACCCAAAGUCUCUUCCAUUUCAGGAGUAUUUACAGCCAAGGCAGUGAGGCGCGCUGUUGACGUUGAAUGUUUACUUGAUUUACACCAGGGGUGUUCAGCGCUGCUCCUGAAGAUACACUUUCCAGCAAAGUUUAGUUAGCCCAUGUACCAAUAAUAAACAUGUUCUUUAUGAGUGAUACUAUAAAUUCCUCCACCUUAUUUCGAAGCAGCGAACGUUCUAUGAAUGUGCGAGAGAUUCGAUUCGCCAUUCGAAAACAGCGGGAACGGGAACAAUUAAAUAAUUAUUUUUUUAAAGUGAAGUAAACAGUAAAACUAGUUGCACUAUAAACCAGUAUGAUUAUAAUUACCACACAGCAUUUAAAUAACAUGAUAAUACAAGCAGCAUAACCAGCGGCUAAAAAUAACCGGAAGUCUCGCACAUUCAGGUUACUUAAUGGCCGCGCAAGGUCUUAUAAACGUUAAAAAUAAGUCAGUGAUACACAAAAACCCUUGAUUCCUCUUCAAAUGAAAUUUGAUCAUCAAAACAUAAAAUGCACAGUAAAGAGAUGAUUUUAGGGUAGUAAAUAGCAAAGUGAAGUCAAACCGAAUUCAAGUCACUUCCAGUGUGAACGCACUUAGUUUUAACUAUAUUUAGCAGGAAACUAGAUCGUGGAGAGCAGUUCUGAGCACCCCUGGUUCACACAAUGUGAAGUUUGCUGCUUUAAAUUAGUAAAUGGAAAAAUAGGUGAUCCACAGAAACAAAACGGAGAGGUAUUUUCUGUUCGCUCUUUUCCCCUCUGCGCCCACCCGUUACCUGUACCUACUUCCAGAUGUAUUAAAUGUUCAUAAAAAGAGUUCACUGUUAUGAGCAAAAACUUUCAAAGAUGUUUUCUUUAUUUUAUUAAACUUGAAAGAAAUACUGUU